ACCAUCAUACAGCUACCGGUUCGAAACAAAAACACAAAGAGGUUUACUCGUCAGUUUUAUAAAACUAUCAUUACAUCCCCAUCCCACAUCAGCUUUACCCCCUCAGAGUUGCUCCCAUGAUCAGUCAUCUCUACCCUGCUGUUCCCACCACCUUCGAUCCUCACGAGUCCUACUACGACGCCUCGCGCAUGUCCCACCACUACUACAACCCAGAAGACACUUCGGCCAAGCUGCCACCACCAGUCAACAUGUUCGCCAUGCCCCAGCAUCACCACUACGCCGCCUACGCGCCCGCCCCGGCUCCUAGGCAAUACUCGGGAACCAGCAGCGCAUUUAGUGCUUCGGCCAAUCCGGAUGAGGACUGGACCAAGAUUUCCGACCUUGCCGAGCGCAGGAGGAUACAAAACCGCAUUGCCCAGCGCAACUACCGCAAGAAGCUCAAGAGGAGACUGGAGGACCUUGAGAGGCGUGCCGGAUCUUCGGACGGUGCGUCAACCGACGGCAACGAGAAGAGCACAACCACCACAGCCACCAAGGCCAGCACAGCAAACUCUAGCACCAAGAGCGGUAGCAAGGCUCGCUCUCCAAAGAAGGCCACAAAGCAGCAGUCUUCACCACCGCCUGCCGCUCUCUCACCUCCCAGGACCUACCCCGAGCAAUUUACUCCUCCCAUGAACCCUGAGGAUGAGCUUCUUUUCGCACAACCGUACGCAUCAGAGCAGCGGGACCGCAGCCACAGCCCGCCCUCGCUGUUCUACACCUACCCACCGCCUGAGGACAUGAUGCUCCCAUACGGCGCCACAACCUCUCCGCCCUACACGGCCGGCGAAUACUUGGUGCCGACAACGGUCCCGGUUACUUUGCCUUCAAUGACACACUUCAGCGACGCCAUCAAGCGGGAGCCUAGCUAUGGCGAGGAGAUGUCGCCCUACAUGGGCAACUAUGGCUACAUGCCGGGGAUCGAAGUCAGCCAAGCUACGCCAUACGACAACUCGAAUCCUCAUACACCACCAUUGUCGCACGGAUUCGACCACUCUACCAGCUGUUCAGACUCUGGUUACGAGUACCCGACCACUCCGUUAUCCAUGCCCGCUUCGCCGGGCAUGAUCCAGCAAUAAACUGGAAGGGAGACACAAAAGCAAAACAAAUACACAAAAACCAAAAACAAACAAAUUUCACUGCCUCACUGGCCAUGGUUAGCUUGCUUUAAUUGCUUGUAUCUGACGGCGCGGUUGACGAUUUAUUUGGUAUUUCUUUCCCCUUGUUUGUUUUUAUUUUGCAAUGCAUCAUGACGAUCGGAUCGUUUUUUUAUCUCGUUUUUUUUUUUCUGGUACUUUUCCAGGCAGCGUUGGCGCAGAUUAACCACCCUUUCCCGGGUAACUUUGGACACUUUUUGGUGCACCCUUUUCGAUUCUUGUUACAUACUUUAUUGUCACCUCCAUUCUGUAUCAGGGCUAUACACUUCCCACAAAAGGUCACUCUGCGAUUGGAACAUGGAUUUUUUUUUUCUUUACCAUCUUCAGGAAGAAAGGGAACUAUUUUAGUCUUUUUUUUUUUUUUUUUUUUUUUUUUUUUUUUUUUUUUUU